UUUUUUUUGUUUCCCUACUCAACGUCUAUGUCAUACAUCUCCCUUUUUGCCUUUAUUUAAAAUUCAUAGACCAUAAGUCCAUAGAUUCCACCAAUGACGUCUCCUACUCGGGGCCAACGGUCCUACAAUCCGCAUGACACCACAAAAGAUACUAUUUGGGAAGAAAAUGAGACUUCUCCUUUACUCCCUUCGUCUACAAAUGAUAACGCUUCAGACGCUUCAGACCCUAUUUCGCUCUACGUCAAAAUCUUGGCCGAGAACCUUCCCUGGUAUAAGCGUCCAUCAGUGUUAUGGCUAAUACCGAUCUAUGGUCUGACUUCCAUGAGUGGAGGAAUGCUAUUUUCUUCCCUUGGUCAGUUCCAAGCAGAGCUGCUUUGCCGAGAGUAUAUGAACCGUCAUGAGCCCGCAAAUGCCACGGCGACCUUGAUAACGAACACCGCCUCUUUCUUGCUUAAUGCUGCGGUUGAUAUUUCUUUGAGGCCUGCACCAGGAUGCAAUGCACCAGAAAUUCAGGCAUAUACUGCAAAGAUAGUGGCGCUUAUGGAAGUCCUGGGUGGUAUUGCAGCUACACUCUCGAUCGGAUAUUACGCUUCGUUGAGCGACAAGUAUGGACGUAUUAAGAUUAUGUGUGUUGGUAUCUUAAACAGCCUAUCCAUGCUCAUAUCCAUCAUUAUUAUGCGUAAAUGGUGGGAUCAGGUUGGCCUGCCGUUCAUGGCCUUUGCUACAUUGGUCCAUGGAUUACUGGGAGGGAUAGGCAUCGGAGGCACUAUGAGUCUAGCAUACGCUGCAGAUUGUACGGAGCCCAGCAGACGAAGCUUGGUGUUUUCGUGGCUGCAUGCAGCGCUUUUCAUGGGUCUGAGCAUCGGGCCCUUCCUAGGUGGACUGAUUGUCAAGUUGACAGGCAGUAUCUUGCUGGUUGUUUACACUGACAUUGGAGUGACGAUCUUGGCGCUUUUGGGCCUUUUUAUCACUCCCGAAUCCUUGCCAGGAAAACAGUCUGCUCAUAUCCAGGAGCUAUACGAACAAGCGCUCAAAUCUAAUAAUCAAGAGAGUCCAACCAAGAAGUCUUCGCUGUCAUCAGCGGCAGCAACUGCAUGGCAUUAUCACAUGAUUCGAUCUCUCCAAUUUUUCAAACCAAAUGGUCAAAACACGAAUAUGAUCUUAGUAGGGGCCAUAUCAUUCUUGCAGAUGUUGGCUCUCAAAGGCACAUUUUCUAUAUUGAUUCUUUACACCAAUCGAGCCUUCAAUUGGACGGAGUACGAAGAUGGGAUUCUACUCUCUUUAAGUUCGUCCGUCCGCUUCUUUUCACUGCUUGUUCUUUUACCCAUUCUCGUUCAUACCUACCAUAAGAGAACUAGUAAAAGAGAAGCAAAGACGUCGAAAAGCGCAACAACAACAAAUACAGCCAAGGGCAAAAACAACAGCAAUAGCAACAACAACAACAUCAACGAUAAUAGCGAUCGCAUCAUCGCAAACCAUCCUGAGCAGAUCUUGGGUGGAGGACUUGAUGAUCCUGUAGUGGCCUCCAGAGUAGAGCAUUUGGGAGAGGCUGCCCUAAAUUUGUCAGAUGAUGAAGAGUCCUUCCAAGAACGUCGUCGCCGUCAAUCAACUGCUGAUUCUGCAAUUACAUUGACACCAAACCGCAUGCGACGUCCCUCUUCAUCAUAUUCUUCACCUUCAUCGCCGUCUACUCUAAGAAAGGCUUCAUUAUCUUCGAGCACUCGUCCUAGUUCCGGUAUUACCAUAAAUAACAACAGUAAAGCCAAUAAGGCUAAUUCCAGUGAAGAACAGGGACAACAGCAGUCUCGAAAAGGCGAUAUUAAACUUGACACUUGGAUUGUACGUCUUGGAUUUGUGAUCAACUCGACUACCUAUGCUGGGUAUGGACUUGCGACAAAAGGCUGGCAUUUUUAUCUGUGGGCAUCACUUCAUGCGAUCAGCAUUAUUGCAUCGCCCUCUCUCAAGACGAUCUUGACCAACUUGGUGGAACCAUCCCAGUUUGGAGCUGCGUUGGGUGCUAUUCAAGUAGUGGAUUCGAUUGCAGGAAUUGCUUCACCAGUAGUGAUCUCUGGAGUGUAUGCCUUGACUGUUGGAACAUGGCCUGAAUUUGUAUGGUAUUGCUGUGCUCUCUUGACGGGUCUUUGUGUAAUCUUGGCGUUUAUGAUUAGACCACGGCAGUCCAAUAGAACUUCGCAAGCAUAAGAAGGGAAGAAGAAGAAAAAAAAUAUCAGAUGGCGGUUUUAAUAUGAUAGCCAACCCCGCCCUGUAAAAUAUCAAAAUAAAGAGGGAAAAGAAAAAGGUGGAAGAUGUAGAGAAUUAGUCUGCAUAGUGAUUUAAGACAUGACUUCAUUCAGUACAACAACCUUUAAAGUUCUCAAGUUGAUAAAUGAGAUGGCAUAUUAUAUCA